CGCGGGGAGCGGCGGCGGGGAGCCGGGCAGGGGCGCGCCGGAGGGCUCGGGGCAGGGAGCGGGGAACUGAGCCGUGCAGAGCCCGCCCGGGCUGCGGAGGAGCGGCCGGGCAGGGGCAACCGGGCAGGGCAGAUCCCGGCGGGGGUCGGGUGCCUCCCCGGCCUCGCGGAACCGAGGGGGGCGGUCCGGGGGCUGAGCCUCCCCGCAGCCCCGGGGCGGGGGCGAGGCGGUGGCGGCCCCAUGGGCGGCGGCGGGGGCGGCUGUGCGCGGGGCUCGCCCGCCGCGGCUGAUGCCGCCGUCGCCCGCCCGCGGGGCUCUUGAUGCGGGCGGCGGGAACGCAGGAGGCGGCGGCGGGGGGCUCCCGGCCAUGUGUCGGCCGGGGAUGCGCGGGGUCUUGGGACGAGCUUGCCUGCUGCUGCUGCCGCCCUGCGCCCUGGUGCUGGCGGCGGUGCCCGGCUCCGCGUCCCACCCGCAGCCCUGCCAGAUCCUGCGCCGCAUCGGGCAUACGGUGCGAGUGGGGGCCACCCACCUGCAGCCCCGGGCCGCCCCCGCCGCCGCUGCCUGGCCCGGGGAGGCGGCGGGCGGACGCCCCGAGGGGCCGCGGGGCCGGCGGGCGGGGGGCGGCGGGGGACAGCGGCGGCCGCCCCCCUCGCCGCGGGACGCGCUGCUGCUGGCCGUGGCCAACCUGAACGGCGUGCCCGGGCUGCUGCCCUACAACCUGUCCCUGGAGGUGGUGAUGGCGAUCGAGGCGGGACUGGGCGACCUGCCCCUCUUCCCCUUCUCUUCAGCCAGCGCUUCCUGGAGCAACGACCCCGUCUCCUUCCUGCAAAGUCUCUGCCACACUGUGGUGGUGCAGGGGGUCUCAGCCAUCCUCGCCUUCCCGCAGAGCCGUGGGGAGAUGCUGGAGCUGGACUUCAUCUCGGCGGCGCUGCGCAUCCCGGUGGUCAGCAUCGUGCUGAGCGAGUUCCCCCGGCGGAGUCUGAACCCCCUUCACCUGCAGAUGAGCUUAGAAAACACACUGAGUUCUGAUGCUGAUGUCACUUUCUCGAUUCUCGCGAUGAACAACUGGUACAAUUUCAGCCUGAUGCUGUGCCAGGAGGAGUGGAACAUCACGGAUUUUCUCUUCCUCACACAACAGAGCUCCAAGUUCCACCUGGGAUCCAUUAUAAACAUCACAGCAAACUUCACUUCAACUACUGACCUUCUGAACUACUUGCAGUUUUACCUGGAGAGCAUCAAAGACACAACGUCAACCAUGGUGAUGUUUGGGUGUGACAUGGAGAAAACGCGGAGGAUUUUUGAGAUAACCACGCAGUUUGGUGUGAUGCCUCCAGAGCUGCACUGGAUUAUUGGGGAUUCACAGAAUGUGGAAGAGCUGAGGACAGAAGGUUUGCCCCUCGGUCUCAUCGCUCACGGCAAGACAACUCAGUCGGUCUUCGAGCAUUACGUGCAGGAUGCCAUGGAGCUGGUAGCCAGGGCUGUGGCAGCAGCCACCAUGAUCCAGCCUGAACUGGCUCUCAUUCCAAGUACAAUGAACUGCAUGGACACGGAUGAAAGGAAUAUCACUUCAGGCCAGUAUUUGUCAAAGUUUUUAGCCAACACAACUUUUGAUGGUCUCAGUGGCCACAUUAAGGUGAAGGGCUCAUCCAUUGUGAGCUCAGAAAAUAAUUUCUUCAUCUGGAAUCUGCAGCACGACCCUGUUGGAAACCCAAUGUGGACGCGCCUGGGGAGCUGGCAAGAAGGGAAGAUCAUCAUGGACUAUGGGAUAUGGCCAGAACAGGCACAGAGACAUAAAAGUCACAUGCAACACCCCACCCGGCUGCACCUGAGAGUCGUGACACUGAUUGAGCAUCCCUUUGUCUUCACAAGGGAUGUAGAUGAUGAAGGUCUUUGCCCAGCAGGGCAGUUGUGCCUAGACCCACUGACCAAUGAUUCAGGUGUGCUGGACAGCCUGUUUGAAACCCUCCAAGGGGAAAAUGACACUGUCCCCAUUGAGCUGAAGAAGUGCUGCUAUGGCUACUGCAUUGACUUGCUGGAGAAGCUGGCUGAGGAUAUGAAUUUUGAUUUUGACUUGUACAUUGUUGGGGAUGGAAAAUACGGUGCCUGGAAGAAUGGUCACUGGACAGGGCUGGUGGGAGACCUUCUUGCUGGUACAGCUCACAUGGCAGUGACAUCAUUCAGCAUCAACACUGCCCGAAGCCAAGUGAUUGAUUUCACCAGCCCUUUCUUUUCAACCAGCUUGGGGAUCUUAGUGAGGACCAAAGACACUGCAGCUCCAAUUGGAGCCUUUAUGUGGCCACUUCACUGGACUAUGUGGCUGGGGAUAUUUGUUGCUCUUCACAUCACAGCUGUAUUCCUCACCUUGUAUGAGUGGAAAAGUCCUUUUGGAAUGACCCCUAAGGGAAGGAACAGGAACAAAGUGUUCUCCUUCUCCUCUGCCCUCAAUGUCUGCUAUGCGAUCCUGUUUGGAAGAACAGCUGCCAUCAAACCCCCAAAGUGCUGGACUGGAAGGUUUCUAAUGAAUCUCUGGGCUAUUUUUUGCUUGUUUUGUCUGUCGACAUACACAGCCAACCUAGCUGCUGUCAUGGUGGGAGAGAAGAUCUAUGAAGAACUUUCUGGAAUACAUGACCCAAAGCUUCACCACCCGUCCCAAGGGUUCCGGUUUGGCACAGUGCGGGAGAGCAGUGCGGAGGACUACGUGAGGCAGAGCUUCCCAGAGAUGCACGAGUACAUGCGGCGCUACAACGUCCCUGCAACCACUGACGGGGUGGCCUACCUGAAGCAUGAUCCAGAGAAACUUGAUGCCUUCAUUAUGGAUAAAGCACUCUUAGAUUAUGAAGUGUCAAUAGAUGCUGACUGCAAGCUCCUAACUGUGGGAAAACCCUUCGCCAUUGAAGGAUAUGGCAUUGGCCUUCCCCCCAACUCUCUGCUCACCUCAAACAUCUCUGACCUGAUCAGCCAGUACAAAUCCCAUGGCUUCAUGGAUGUUCUGCACGACAAGUGGUACAAGGUUGUUCCCUGCGGAAAACGAAGCUUUGCCGUCACGGAGACACUACAGAUGGGGAUAAAACAUUUCUCAGGGCUCUUCGUGAUGUUGUGCAUUGGCUUUGGUUUGUCCAUUCUCACCACCAUUGGGGAACACAUCGUGUACAGACUUGUCCUGCCACGAAUCAAGAAGAAAUCCAAGAUGAAGUACUGGCUCCAUACCAGUCAGAGAUUACAUCGUGCUCUGAACAGUUCAUUUAUUGAGGAAAAAUAUCAUCCUAAGAAGAAACGAGUAGAAAAGAGGGCCCAUGUGGGGAACAGCCAGCAUGCGGUGUGGAACACAGCCAACCUGGGCAACUGCCACAGAAAAAAAUAUAUCUGCACCGAUGAGGGGCAAAAUGAGGUGACAAUCUGUCAGCACCAGGAUAUCCCCCUACCACAGGGGAGGAGAGAGACUCCACCUUCCUUAACCACCAACGGGAAAGCAGAGUCCCUCAACACUGCAAGGACCUCAGUGCUGCAAGAACUGACAGAGCUGGAGAAGCAGAUCGAAAUCAUCAAGCAGGAGCUGCAACUUGCCAUGGACAGGAAAUCAGAGCUGGAAGAGUAUGCACGGACAAAUAGAACUGCAGAGCCCUAGGCCAGCAUACCUGUGCCAUUCCCCUUUUCUCCCUUUCUCCCCUUCCUCUGUAAAAUUUGUAACACACUUUUGUAAUGCCAGAAAGAGGUGCAAAAAUAAACUAGGCAAUAAGCUCUUCAGGAGAGCAGAAUUGCAGCAGCCCACAGCCACUGCCACCCUACUGAGUUCUCCUCCUUUCACAGCAAGUUUCUUAUUCUCCUGGAAAACACCAGCCAUUCCCAAGGGACUGGAGAGACAAGGAGCAUCCAAUGAGAGUUCCUCGUUUCUUCACCUUACAGUACAGUGAGAUUAAAUUUUUUUAGCCCUUUCUGUGCAUUCAUUAAAAAAAAAAAAAAAAGAAAAGAAAAAUAUACCAAAAAAAAGGUUUAAACUGUUCAUUGGCAGUAUGUCCCUUUGUUGGUACAUUUUUGUUGUAUUCUGUGUGGGUCUAGUCUCUGUUCAUGUGAAGGCUCCUCACGGAUGCCUCUUUAUGGCAGGUGCUGUUCUGUGUUGGCAGUCCCUUCCCUCCUGGCACAGGCUCACAAGACAAAGUCCUGGUGGCAGACUCACCACACAUCAUUCCUCAGCUCUGUCAGCAAAUGGAGGUGUGGCUGCUCUAAAGCUGUGGUGAAGAAACUCACCCAGCUUAACACAACUUGGCAAAAACCAAUCUACCACUUCUGUCUGCCUGUGAGCCUAGGCUGGGCUUCCACGCCCUCCCAGAGAGAAGCCAUGCAAACGCUGCACUGACAGGUGAAGGGACGGAUUCACAGUGGCACAGGACAAAGAUGGGAAGGGAGAGGGGGCACUAUUGUAAAUCAGUAUUUACCUCAAAAAGUGAAAUAUUUACUAGUGUGAAACUACUCCCUUAAUAGUCUCUGUCUUAAGAUGACAAUAAGGUCCUUUCCCACAGAUAAGGUGACUAGAGGGGCUCUGGACCAUGAUUUAUUCAGAUUCCAAGGUCCCAUCAAAACCAAAAGGAGUCACCAAAACCACCCUGUGGAUGAAGAAUGAGAAUUGUGAUUUCAGUGGAAAUGUAAUGAAUGGAUCUCUCUCCCUUCUGGGUGAUGAGGGGAAGGAAGGGUAAGCUGUUCAACAUCUGAAUAAACACUGCAUCAACCCAA